AAUAGAACCAGAUUUGACGCAGACGCAACAGAUGAUCACCACAAAAUUCUAUCUCUCUUUAUCACUCUUCUCUUUCCAUCAAUCUUUUUUCUCUUUUUCUUGUCCUUGCUCGCUCAUGUUCACUAUCCCGUCCGGUGGAAUCACGUCGUCGCGUCGAGGCCAAGGGGAAGUCUGUUGACCAUCGUCAUGUCCGCAUCCCUCGUGGCGCCUCUCGUUGUUAGUUUAUACGGUAAUACGUGCAGUGUUCUAAUUAACAGUAUUUUACGACAUGGAAGAAAUUGUACGAUCAUUCGCGCUGGACAUGGCAGCGGGAUACACAUCGAAGGACGAAAAAUUUCUCGGGAAAAAAUGAGAGAAAAUUAUCUCAAGAUGAAGGAAAAAUGCAAAUCUAAAAAAUUACCACCAGAUGUGAAUGCAAAUGGAGUAUUUGCCUGUAAUGAAUUGGAUUUAAAAGAAGUUCAAGUUUAUGGAUUUGAUUAUGAUUAUACUUUAGCGUGUUAUAAACCAUCGAUGGAUUAUUUAUUGUAUAAUUUAGGUCGUGAUAUGUUAAUUAAAAAACACAAGUAUCCAGAAAAAAUUGCUCAAUUAGAAUACAAAGAUGAUUUCGCAGUCCGUGGUCUUCAUUAUGAUAUUGAAAAAGGUUUACUCUUGAAACUCGAUAGUUUUCUGCAGAUCCAACUUGGCACUGUUUAUCGUGGACUUCAUCCGGUUCCUGAUGAUGAGGUUCUCAGAAUUUAUAAAAACCGGAUCAUACCGAUUGCUUACGUCGAGUCGCAACAUAAACACUCUCAGGAUGGACCAAAUCGGCAAAAAAUGGUACAAUUAGCCGAUUUAUUUUCUGUCCCAGAAAUGGGAUUAUUAUGCAACGUUACGGAAUAUUUUCUGCAAAAUCAAAUCGAUUAUCAUCCAGAGAUACUUUUCCGAGAUGUAAAAAAUUCUGUACAAAGUUGUCACCCCAUUAUGCAUCAAUUGGUCGCCAAUAAUGUUUCUGACUACCUUGAGCCAAACAAAGAUCUCACGAAAUUUUUCGACCGUCUCAAAGCAGCGAAUAAAAAAAUGUUUUUAGUAACAAACAUACAAGCUAGAAAGCCAAGAUUUUUUACGGACGAAUCUAGACCUUUGAGAGUUUACGAUGAAAUUCAACAAACGCAGCUUUGGGACCGAGUGACAAAGCUUGAAAAAGGGACUAUAUAUCUCGAAGGAACUGUUAAGCAAUUGCAAGAUAUGACAGGAUGGAGAGGUCAUCAGGUUCUUUAUUUUGGAGAUCAUCCGUACAGCGAUUUGGCGGAUGUCACCUUGGAGCAUGGCUGGAGAACAGGGGCAAUCAUACAAGAAUUAACAUAUGAAAUUGAAAAUUUGAACAAGCCAGAGUUCAAAGAAAAUGCAAACUGGCUUCAAAUGCUAACAACGCUUAUUGAAGAACAUCAAGAUUACGAUGGAGAAGAAGUCCAAGAUCAAUUAGCAGAAUGGAUGCGUGAAAGAGACCAACUUCGUAACGCCAUAAAACGUGUAUUUAAUAAACAAUUCGGAUCUGUAUUUAGGACUUAUCACAAUCCGACGUAUUUUUCACGAAGACUCUUCCGAUUCGCAGACAUUUAUAUGAGUUCUAUUUCAAACUUACUUUAUUACUCUAAUACUCAUACGUUUUAUCCACGACGUGGUGUAAUGCCUCAUGAAUACAUCAGUUAUUUUGUGUAA